AUGCGUCAACUGAAGAUUAUCUGUGCCAUUACAAUUUUUAUUUUUGCUCAAGAAACGUUCACAAAGUCCCUAAGGAAGAAGCACAACAAAAAGGAGUCCAUUCCGAAACAAAGAUCACACUACUUGUUACUUAUGGGAAGCCCCGUAGAGGAUGUUCAACACCACAAGGGACUAGGGAUGAUCCUUUCCUCUAAGCAAGGCGAGCCAGAAAAGCAUAAGGACGAUCCAAAUAAGGAAGACCUUCAUCAUUAUAACAAACAGAAAGCAGGCCUUGCAGCAACUCUGCAAUCGUCUUUGAAGGGAUCCCCUUCUGAUCGUGGAUAUAGCUACACCGAGGCACUGUUCACAGGAGCUCCUCUGUUAAACGGAGUCCCAUUUACCGAAUCGGGUAAGACCCAAACAUCUCAAAGAGGGAGCAGCACUGAACAUACAGGGAAAGUAAGCAACAAGCAUGUCAAUAGCUAUGAGAGUCAAGCUUCCGCAAAGCUAAAUGUCGAUCAGAACGGCAAUAACGAAGGAGAAGGAAAUGACCACGUGUUAAAAGAAUAUCACGCAGGACACGGCGUCUGGGGAUUUGCUGCUCAUGAUAUAGCAAAGGAGAGCCAUCUAUCUAGCGAUAGGGGAAAGGGUGUUCAUGCAAAUGAGAAGGGCGAACAACAUCAAUUACUGAAACCACGACCCUCUUUUGAUGUGUUACCAUCUAAAAUAGAUAAUAAAGUCCCAGAACCCACAAAACACACAAAAAUUGAUCAAACGGUAGACACCUCUUCACAAAUCGUAAAACUUGAGGGAAGUCCUUCCUCUGUCGACCGAUCGUCUUCUAAUCCAACGAAGAGUUACCAAUAUGAACGCGAACGACCUGGCAAAACGGGAGUGAAUGAUCACCCCGUGGAGCGAGUGCACCAAAUCUUAGUGACAGGGGAGACCCAGGAGAAUUUUCCGCCCGAUGCUUUAAAAAGCAAUCCAUCUGUUGAGGAGAUAACAGUGAACAACAAAAUACCUGAUAAAACCUAUAUCAAAGCGUAUGAUGAAGAAUCACACCUGUUAGGGUCUAGUGUUUUACACAACGGACGGCAAGGAAACCACGAUGUAGAAGGACACCGCGGAUAUAACCCAAACGCAAUUACUGGAUCUUCUGAGUACUGGAGGACGCAUGACAAACAAACAGAAUAUUCUUCGCACAACACUCUUACGGAACCAUCGCUGAGUGGUGUGGAGCGUCUCGAAAAGGAGACAGGUGCAGUUCCUUUAGAGGAAUCAAGAAAUGCUUUGUCAAACAGUUUCAAGAUUAACGAAGGAAUUUCUCAAGCUGAAAAUACACCCCCACAACAACACCCAAGAUAUCAUCAGCACAGUCACAAUUAUGGCCAGCACAUUGCGUCUUACUUAAAAGAUGGAAGUGAAUCUGAUAAUAAAGAAUAUCACAAUGCUUAUAAGGUCAGAAAAACACCUUACUUAAAAUCAAAUGAUUCCUUCACAAUGCAUAUAGAGGGUUCAACAUCAAGCCAAGGAUCUCCUGGAUUUGGAAGCUUGGUUAAUCAACUUCGGCCGCAUAAGAUAAUCGAAAGCGCAUUUGACGAAGAACUUACUCACAGGAUAGUUAUGGGGCCAUCAGACGAGCAAACUGGCCAAUCGCUUCUUAGGAAACCAUCACCUGAAAAACAAACCAAUGACAUACCAUUGCAGUCUGGUGAGCAUGCUAUAUUUUCCAAUGGAGACUCAGAGGAAGGCGAAACAACACCCUCCCUGCCAUAUCGUGAAGGACACAAUCCAGCUUCUCAAAGUCAAGAAAACGAGAAAUUACCAGAAGCCGAAAAUCAACAGUCACCAACCUCCUCUGAGACUGUUACAGAUAAAUCACUUAACAAUAUCCAAAAUGAAGAGGAAUCACUACACGCCACACCAAAUCGCCCGUUCUCAGGGAUUGCAGUCGAUCAAAAACCAAAACAAGAUGAACCAUUUACCAACGAUGCAAGCUCACAAAAGGAGAAGGAGGGCACAGAAGAAUCAAAGACUACUGCUAAACAGGAACCUGAUGCUAACUAUGGAUCUAGUAAAAUUUUGUACAGAGAAGGAGGGCAACCAUUUCAAAAUGAAGACACAGAGACAAUGCCACCAAUUUCAAAGGGAGAGGAAAAUAAUGCGGCAACUAGUAAUCUCGAGCAUGAGAUGCUAUCAAAAGAUCAAGGCCAGCCGUCGGCUGAGGAAUUGCCAACUGACAUUAAUGAGGCCGAAGCAACAAACCAAAAGGAAACAUCGCAUUACCAACUUUCAGGGAAAGCUGUGGACACGACCACUAAUUAUGAAAAUACAGGCACUAAUAGCGAAGAAACACAGCAAAAACCCGAUGAACAUACGGACACUUUACAAAGUGGUAGUGUUACACGUGAUCCUGGUUCAAAUAACAAACCUAACGACCACUCGUAUAGGUCGCAACAAAGAAUAUCAAACGAACAGGAAUACUACAAAGAAAUUCAUGGGCAUCCCCAACAUGGUGGGGGUGUUCACCUGAAAAACUUUGGUCAUAUAGACUCAAGAGACCAGUCAGUCGAAGCAUCUUCACCCACAGAUGAAAAAAGUGAUAAUUUAUCCCGUUAUAGCCACCAUGAGAACGUUGGGCAUCAAGAUAGAUACACUGAAGAAUCUUCAGCAAAUCCAGUCCCUGAUAAAGAAUCCAUUCAAGGAACGCAGCGAUUGGAGUCCCCGCCAAGCGGUAACGAACGAGAACCUGGAGUGAAUUCUGAAAUAAGUGACAAUUCAAAUUUUUCAGAAAACGUGCCUAGCCGAGUUGAAACAAAUGAAGACAACUCUCUUUCACCCACAAACAUCGAAACACAAAAGCAAGAAACUUUUGGCAAUAGUAAUGUUGACUUUGCAAAUGGACAAGCGCAGCAACCAGAAGAAUCAAUAUCACCAGCUAGAGUAGAACUUUCAAGGGGCAGCUACACAGAAACCCUAACAGACCAACAGACAUCACAUGAGCCAGAACAUGAAGAAUCUUUCUCCCAAGGUUUCUCCGAACAGGAAGGAGAAAAAAGCACAAACCCUGUGGUUAUAGGCUCUGAAAACGAGACUGUAGGUACUAAUGGAGAAACUGACAGCUCCAUAAACUCAUUAGAUCAAAAUGCACUACAUGAUAAGCAAUUUCAAAUAAAAGUUGGGAACCCAGAGGAGGGUGGUGAGAUUCCUAAGGCAGACCAAUCUAAAGAAGUUGACGAGGGAAAAGUGCUGAUGCCGUUUUAUGGCGCUAAAACCCACAAUCAGAGGACCUCUCAUGAGAUUCAAAACAACAAGUCGAAGGGAAGUAAACAGGAAAAUGGGAAUCAGAGGAUAGUGUACUUCUUGAAAAUGGCAAAAGGUAUUCCACUUUUAAACAGUAGAAAAGUAGCCCACUAUCCGGAAAUAAAUAGUGCUGGAAAUAAUGGACAGGCAGAACAUUCUUCGAGCAAAGUAAUGAAGGAAGACCAUAGAAUAGAGAGUAAUCCAGAAACGGACGUUGAUGUGAAUGGAGGAAGAAGAUAUCCUUGGAGAUGGCAAAGAAAGCCAAGCCGUCGCCCAAGUUCUCAAACAUCUUCGGGACAGAGACCUUGGCCAGGUUCUAGGCAACGUCCCCAACCUGAAUCGUACCCUAGCCCCAGCCCCAGCCCACCGAGUGGAGGUGGCGGCGCCCUUGGUGGCAGCAGUGUUGAUUCUAACGAGCCACAGCCUGAUUCAGAGUUUGAGCAAGAAGCGUUGAAUACGCAUAAUAAAUAUCGAAAGGUACAUGGAGUCGAAGAGAUGACCUUGGAUCGAGAUCUCAGUAACCAAGCUAAGGCGUAUGCCCAAAAAAUUGCAAACAUGGGUCAGCUGCUGCACUCAUCUUCUGGAGAAAGAGGAAAUGUGGGGGAGAACUUGGCCUACGCCUGUGCGUCAAACGGUACCCCGCUGACUGGAGAAUCUGCGACCAAAAUGUGGUACGAUGAAGUAUGCAAACCUGGCUACAACUUUGUUUCGGGAGGAUUCAGCUCUGGAACAGGUCACUUCACUCAGGUGGUAUGGAAGGACAGCGUUAAACUUGGAAUCGGACAAGGAAAGGCCACCCAGAAUGGAAUGCAAUGCAUCUACGUGGUUGGUCGUUAUGACAUCGCGGGUAACAUGAUGGGAGAAUUUCAGGAUCAAGUGAUGAGAGGAAACUUUAACGAAGGAUAUUGUAAUAAUAACGAAAUGAGCUGUUUGUGGUCCUUAGCAACUAUUAUACUUUUGCAAUGCGUAAUAAAAGUGUUCAGCGAACCUAACAAAGGACACCAGAAUAACAACGCUUUGCAUGGUGACAGACACACAGGACAUCAAAUGAAUCUCCGCCACUGGACUCAUGGAAGACACAUUGCAUUGAAACAUACAGCAGCAGCUGGUGCGCAGAGAGAAACUGUCCCAAGUCCUGUCCAAGACUUUGUUCUCGUCAGUGGUAGUCCUCUGUUUCACGAGCGAUCGCCCGCUAGUGAUAGCAAAGCUAAUGCCCCAACGGAUUCUGUACAAGAAGCAAAAGAUCAGAAAGUACCGCAGAUGACUCGAGGGAACAAAACGGCUGCAAACCAGACACUCGCCAAGGCACAGGGACAAGAAACUCUAGCUAGCAAGCAAGAACCCAACGAGCAGCAAAAGCAAGAAUCAGGCGGUCUAACUGGAACUGCCGAAAGAAAUGGAAAUAGCACUCAAGAAUCAACAGAAUCGUCUAAGCCUUCCCCAGAAUUUGUCCAAGAAUUGGCAAAAAAGAUUAAAGAAAGUCUGAACAUAGGGAAGGAUGAAGGAAAGAAGGAAAAUGGGACACAAUCCAAUACCCCAGCAAUAUCCCUUACAUUAAAAACGCCUGGUAAAACAAAUGCGUCAAGCGGAGUAGUGAUUGGUUUAGAAAACAAACCAGCAGCUAGUGCCGAGCAAGGAAAACCCGUUGGUGAGAAUGCUUCCGUACAAGUUGUCAACAUUUCGCCCAGUAGCCAGAGCACUGACCUUUCAAGUCCUGAUAAUGACGGGAACAAAGGAAGCAAAACAACCACAACUACUGCUGCGGACGUGAAGCCUGAAGCACAAGAUAAGAAACCAAGCAAUGGAAAUUUUCCUUUCAACGUGCCUGGAGUUCGAAAUGCCGGAAAUGGGACAGUUGGCAACAAAGGAGUGGAUUCCAACAAUCAAAUAGCAGAGAAAGACAAGAAACUUGGGCUCAAUGAAGGCCUUGGGCCCAACUGUCACUGGAAGACUAUAAAGGGUGCCAAUGGUGCUUUAGUCACAUCAGUUGCAUGUUCAGGGGAAUUUCACAGACCUGAGGUUAGCAAAGGUGGCUCGGACGAGGCAGCUAAGAAGCCACAACCUGGCGAUGCUUCUAAAGUUGGUCCCAAGGAAAGUUCCACUCAACAGCCUACAGCUGUCAAUGCCUCCGUUUCUGAGACUGGCAAAAGCAACAAGGAGAUACAAACGCAAAGUGAUGAGGAGUUUGAAAUGGAAGCAGUUGGCACGACCAACGCGUUCCGUAAAAUACACCGCGCCCUUCCGAUUAAGCUCGACCCGAAGCUUAAUCUGGAAGCAAAGAAGUAUGCCGAAAAGAUUGCCGGAAUGGGCUCGCUUCAGCAUGACUACGAUGCCGUAAGACAAAGUGACGAAGGAGAGAAUCUUGCAAUGGGCUGUAAGGAGUAUGGAGUCCCUCUAACCGCCAAGGAGGCCAUAACAAACUGGUAUAAUGAGGUGUGCUCAUACGACUUUGACCGAGGAGAGUUCAGUAUGUCUUCAGGUCAUUUCACGCAGGUUGUCUGGGCUGAUAGUCAUGAAUUCGGGAUUGGAAAGGCAGCUGGGUACCAGAACGGAAUGCCGUGCGUUUUCGUUGUGGGACGCUUCAAGCCCUCUGGAAAUUACAAGGGAGAGUACAGGAGGAACGUCUUCAAAGGAACAUUUGAUCCAAGUUAUUGCGAUAAAUUACGCGAUAAAAAGCUUCUAAAUGUAUUUGUACUUAAGAAAUUAAUUGUUCGACUCGCAGGAUAUGCACAUUCCUAUAGCCAGAACACUGGAAUUGAUAAAUCUCGCCAACCGAGUGAACAGAGUGUAUGGGAGAUCCCUUCAGUGUCUCAUCUUCUAAAAGGCUUGGAUGUCUUCGAGCAAUUGACUUCAAAUGGAAAAUCUUUUGACCACAAAAACGCCAAAAAACCUAUUAGUAUACCUUGGAGAGCCCCUAAUGCUUUCAUAAAGCUUUUCUCUACUCGGAAAAAAUUUAUUCACGAGUGGCUCCAUAAACUUCUGAAUUCAAGAAUUCAAACCAGGCAAGACAUGAAACUUAACUCUAAAGAACGUCCUGAGGAGGUAGGAAGUUUUCAAAUUUCUGACGGAAGGGUAAAUGGAAAAGGCGAAUAUGCCAUUUCACCUGACCAAAAUGACUUUGAACUAAAACUGAAUCUUAAAAUAAACGGAAAACAUCGAUAUCAGCAGCAGUAUAAGCAAGAACAGCAACACAACCCAAAACCGAAUCUACGAAAACAGCGACCACCACAGCCAAACCAACCAAGGCCGACUACAACAAAUUGCAUUCAUUCCCCGUUUGAACAAGAAGCGUUGAGUAUACACAACAGAUACCGAACAAUGCACCGUGCGCCUGCGCUUACACUGAGUUGUGACAUGAGUAAAAAUGCAGCAGAUUACGCCCGCACACUGGCAGAUAUGGACACUCUGGUGCAGUCUGGAUAUACUGAAAGACCUAAUCAAGGCGAAAAUCUUUCUCUUGGUUGCCAUGGCAGCGGAGAGCAGACUGCUGAGGAAGCAAUAAAAACAUGGUUUGACGAAGUGUGCCAUUACACAUUUGGCAAAGAAGGUCCACAGUCGGGUACCAAUCAUUUCACGCAGUUGGUCUGGAAAGACAGCAGGGAGCUGGGAAUAGGAAAAGCGUCAAAAAAGCAACCUAAUGGAGAAACAUGCACGUUUAUUGUCGCACGCUAUAAGCCUCUAGGAAACUUUGAGAGUGGUGAUGAUGCCUACGUAAAAAAUGUCGAGAAAGGAACUUUUGAUGAAACUUACUGCCGAAAUAUCCCGAAAGCUGGUUUAGAAGGAGGAUAUGGUUUCAAGAGAUUUCAAAGUCCAAGUUUAAUUGAGAAUUAUGGUGGAUCUUCGACAAUUGAGGGUAUGAAAGCUUGGAGUCUCAACGUCUGUGUGCUUCCCUUCCUCCUAGUUCAGGUUUACGCUUACGACGCCUCAAAAAACGAGAAAAGAGAGAAUCUUGGUUUUCGACCCGUGCACUUCGCUGCAGUUGGUCUGCCUCUAGGGGACACUCCAACCGGCAAUGGAGGAGCGCCAAAAACAGGAGCUUUUAAAAUCGAAGAUGGAAACGUUGUCGGCGCUGGUACGUAUGAGUUUGAACCGGAUGGUGUCGAUGUCGAUCUCAGUCUGAAAAUAUCGAACAAAGCGCCUGGAGCAUCUGGAGGACCUGGGCCAGGCGGUGGACCAGGUACAGGCGGCGGAGGACCUACUACAAGUCCUGGAGCAGGCGGUGGACCAGGUGCAGGCGGCGGAGGACCCACCACAAGUCCUGGGGCAGGCGGUGGACCAGGUACAGGCGGCGGAGGACCCACAGUAAGUCCUGGCGCCGGUGGAGGACCAGGAAGCCCGAAGCCAGCGCUUUGUCCUAUACCUUGCUCACAAACUAAACCAACUAAACCAAUUAAACCAAGUAAACCAACUCAGGUACCUCCUACCAGUGGAAGUACAGCCCCUGGUGGCGUUACACCGGGUAGCAGCACACCGGGUGGCACCACGCUCGGUGGUGCUGCACCGACUGGAGGAGAAGGAGGAGUAGUACCCACAAAAGGAAGCACUGGACCUACAGCUGGAGGAGGAGCUGCCACAACACCAGCAGGUGGUGGUGGUGGAGGAGUAGACGAAGAACAAGCAUUGAGCAAACAUAACGAAUAUCGAAGAAGGCACGGUGUUCCAGAAAUGAAGCUUAAUGCUGAGAUGAGCCAGCAAGCAGCAGCAUAUGCCCAAAAAAUUGCGCAGAUGGGUGCACUGAACCACGCCUCACGAGCAGAACGAAACAAUGACGGGGAAAAUCUGUCCAUGGGUUGCGAUAGUAAUGGUCAAACAACAGCUGAAGCUACUACGAAUUGGUACAACGAAGUCUGUAAAUAUGGUUACGCAUUUGGCCAACCAAGUGGUACGGGAGGAACGGGCCACUUUACCCAAGUUAUUUGGAAGGAAAGCGUCGAGCUCGGAAUUGGAAAAGCAGACAUAGAUAAGAAUGGAAUGAAAUGUUCUUACAUUGUAGGUCGCUACAGACCCGCUGGAAACAUGGUGGGAGAUUACGCUGAAAACGUACCUAAAGGCUCCUUUGAUAAGGCCAAGGACUGUACAGCGGAGAAAAGGUCGAUUCUGCAUUACUUGGCGCCACGCUCAAAGAUACACCAAAAGAAGCGGGCAAGAAAAUCCCACAAACACGAACACUGAUAAUGUGAGUGCAGAGGAGACAAUGCAGAUAAAGAAAUGCCGGGUGCAAGAAUCUUAGCCUUCUUGUUGAACAUAAGAAAUAAAAUAAAUUUAAAGAA